UGUCCCCUCAAUGCGACUCACCCUCGCAUGACCAUCUCUCUCUUCCUCUGUCUCCUCUCUCGAAUGUGAUCUUGGAGACUUCCUUCGAACCCUAAGAUUUCACCCGUUUCACACGGAUUUGUGUGUGUGGGGCUAUGGCUUCUGGGUGUGAUUGCAGGUGAAUUUCUCAUUCUCGGACUUUGUUCGCAAGAGAGGAUAUGAACAAAGAACACCCGCCUGAGCCGCUUGAUUUCUUCAUCUGGACAGUUGAGGAUGUUGGGUUGUGGCUAGAGGAGAUAAACUUGGGAAGCUACCGUCAGAUAUUCAAAGAAAAUGGUGUUAAUGGGGAAUAUCUAGAGAGCAUGUCUAUGUUUACCACGGAACAGAUCCUUCGCUUCAUAAGGAGGUGUCACAUGAAGUGGGGAGACUUCAUUACCCUCUGCAAAGAGCUCAGACGGAUAAAAGUGGCUUGCUUGAAAGGUGAGCAGAAUGUUCGGCGGCCAUGGUGGGCGCCUUCUUGCCUCUCAGCAGUAUUUGAUAAGGCAGCCAAGCGCAACCGACAGUCUCGUGUUGUAUCUCUCAAGCUGGAACCAUAACAGGAACUCCGCUUUAUGUACGUAUUGCGUUUUUUUCUUCUCUUUUUUUUAUGGGGUUUUCAGGGAAGAAACAAACCCACAAGGAAAGCUUUUCAGGCUCAUCUUAAGUUUUGCAAGAAAAAAAAAAGAAAACGUGGUUUUAUAGUUC